AUGACUACAUUAGCAACAUCAAAAGUGGAAUUGCAAUUAAGUCGACAGGAGUCCUCAUCCCAAACGAAUCUCUCUGGAGAUUUCCCUUUGGGUGGUAAUAUGUUACCACGAUCAAUCUCUAAAGGAAAUGAAAUGGAUGUUGAGAUGCAACAACGCCGACAAGUCUCUCAUGUCCAGUCUACAGGAAAUAAUGAUCGUGAUGGUGAGAACGAGUAUGUGAGUUGGUCUGGCUGGUUUGGACAGAAUGUGUGGAUUGCCCUGCAGAAUUUAUACGCCGGAUGGAAUGCGGCCUUCUCAUUGGCGUGGGAACACCGUUUAUAUGAUAGAGAUCUUGAUUUCUUCGGUGACCAGAUUAGUACAAACAGUGUGAAAAGUAAUUUGCAUGAACGCAAACGUUCCUCUGAAAAGGAGCCUUUUGAGGAGGUGUAG